AUGGCGGGUUACACGAAUGCUGUGACAAAGGAGAGGGUCAACUGGGCCCAGGUCAAAGAAUGCGCAACUGGCCAUGUAUUCCACCAUAAGAGUUGGCAAGUCUAUUCUCUAAUAGCCUUUACUCUUGAAUGCACUGUGCUGAUUUCGAACCGUGCAGGUUGUAUGGUGGCCGGCGCCUCGCCUGCAUAUAACGUUGAAGAAAUGACAUAUGCGCUGAAGACGGCUGAUGCAAAGUUCUUGAUGACCAGCCCUGGGUCUAUUGAAGUUGCUGCUGCUGCGGCCCAGAAAGUUGGUAUCCCGCGGAAACAUAUUUUCUUGCUCGAAGGAGAAGUCCAAGGCUACAUCACCUUCAAGCAACUUCAAGAUAUUGGAAGAAGCUACGGCGAAAAUGGCCAGGCACCACCUUUUCAACUUCCGGUUGGAAGAACGAACAAGGAAUUAUGUGGCUUUCUCAACUUUAGUAGCGGGACUACUGGGCUACCAAAAGCUGUCAUGCUUUCGCACCACAAUGUGAUUGCACAAUGCAUGCAACUCAAAGCAAUCACUCCACCUGUAGGUCGCAAAACAGUCAUGGGUGCCCUACCCCUUUUCCACAUCACUGGCCUUGUCAAAUUUAUGAACUGCCCUAUGUUCUUCAAUGACGAGCUCAUCAUGCUGCCGCAGUUCAACAUGGAGCUCAUGCUCCAAACCAUUGUUGAAUACCAGAUCAGUGAACUUGUCCUCGUUCCACCACUUGUGAUUCGCCUUGUUAACGACCCUAUCGCAUCCAAAUACGAUCUUUCAUGCGUUAAACGGAUUUCCUGCGGUGCAGCACCACUCAGUGAACAGAUUACCCAACUCCUCCAGCAAAAAUUCCCGCAGUCCGGAUUCAAACAAGGCUAUGGCAUGACCGAGUCAUGCUCAUGUAUCACAAGCCAUUCGCCAAAAUACUACGAUUACAAGUACGCGAACACAGUCGGGGACAUCGUACCUUCCACCACAGUCAAGAUCAUAGACGACAACGGCAAAGAACUUGGAUACAACCAGCCCGGUGAAAUCAUUGCCAAGGGGCCUCAAAUCGCUAUGGGAUAUCUCGGUAACCCCACCGCUACUGCUGAAGCGUUUGAUACAGACGGUUUCCUUCACACAGGUGACAUUGGUUACAUGACUGAAGAAGGUCUUAUUCGUAUCGUUGACCGUAUUAAGGAAAUGAUUAAGGUCAAAGGUAUCGCCGUUGCACCCGCUGAACUGGAGGAUCUACUCCUGGGUCAUCCGGACGUGGCGGAUUGCGCAGUAUUGGGGGUUAAGGACGACUAUGCAAGCGAAAAGCCAAAAGCGUAUGUUGUCCUGAGAGAUGGGCUCAGUGUUUCGGAGGAAAUGGGCAAGAAAUUGAUGAAGUAUGUAAGCGAGAGGAAAGUGAGGUUCAAAUGGGUGGAGGAGAUCGAGUUUACGGAUGCAGUCCCAAAAAGUCCAAGCGGAAAGAUUUUGAGGAGAGUGUUGAGAGAGAAGGAGAGGAGCGGAAAGGAUAGAGGAUUUACGGUAAAGAGAGAUGGCUGGGAUGGGCAACGGGCAAAAUUAUGAUUUCCUUUCCCAUGUUCAUUAAUAGAAAUACAUUGAUUUUAUUUGCAAACUUAAAACUCGACAAUGUACACUUCCAGUAUCUCAUCUAUUUGAAACCAUACACCCAACACUCAGAGUGAAGAAAUCAGUAAAUUUUGUCACAAAUAUGCUCUUUUCCCCUCGGUGUCUUUUCUCUUCUCCUUACAAAGAUGCUCCUCACCCAAUAUGCUAUUGUAACCGCAUAGUACUUCGCCAGACUCAACCAUUUCUUGGGGCUAGUUUUCCCAGAGGAUUUCCUGACUCGGAACAGAUAGUACAAAACCACCGUUGCGAACACAUUAAACCCGAUAUAUCCCCAUCCGAUGCCAAAGUUCCGCCACCGCUGAUUCCAGAAUAUCUCAGACUCAGCAAGGAACUGAUCACCAGAAGAUAAUGGACAGUAUUCACAUCCCUGUGUGGCGAAAGGAUUGUUAAGCCUGCCCGGUGCACCGAGAGCAAAAAAUCUUUCAAGAUAUUGGCCGCAGGUAGCCCCAUCAGGUGGAUCAAAAACGGCGAGUUCAUUUUCCGCGCAACGGACAACGCGUUCAUGGAGAACUGUUGCAGCUAGGCCGCCAACGGUGUAGGUGAGCGGAGAAACACGCCACAUGAAAACCCAAAACCCGGGAAGUGCCCUGGGACUUUGAAGCACACCGUUGAAUGUGAGCAUCAAACUGAAAAGCGUUGUGGCGAUGUUUCCGGCCGUUUCGGCAUCGGGUAGCCCCGCAAUGACCAUCUGAGCAAAUGUAGAGCCGAAAAUGAAGAAUUGGACAGAAAAGAUAACAAACAACCCCUGGCGUUCUGAUGAUUGAUGGACACCAAACACGGGGUAAUAAAGAGCGGCCCAGACGAUGACACCGAGGAAUAUUUGGUAAGGAAUUUCAACCAUGACGUUCGCUAGGAGGAACGCUUGCCAACUAUAUGCACGCGAUGGGCGCUCACGAACUUCGAAG